GCAAAUUUCGAGGUCUUACUUGAUAAUGAUGAUGAUAUUUUUGCAUCGCUUGACAAUAAUAAUAGCAGUUUCGUUGUCGUUGAUAUCACAGGAUUGAAAAGUUAUUUGCACUUUCCAACUCCUCCUGCCAAACUCCCUCCCACAAAUGAAGAAAGGUUAGCCAUGGCUGAAUAGAGACACAGAAACAGAAACAAAGAGGAACUGACCUUGAUUGAUUGAAGCAAAACAAAUCAAACCCAAUAAUAAUACUUCAUCUUCAUCAUGGAGAAGAACAAGUCUGUUCAGUUUCCAGAUUCUUCUUCAUCUCCUCAAAAAGCUUCCAACUAUGAUGAGCUUUUAAUGCAACACAGCUUACUGUUUACAGAUAGUCUCAAGGAUAUGAGAGAACUCAGGAAACAGUUAUACUCAGCUGCUGAAUACUUUGAGGCAUCUUAUGAUAGAGAAGAAGUUCAUAAGCAAAUAGUGGUGGAAACCUUGAAAGAUUACAUAAGUAAAGCUAUGGUUAGUACAGUUGACCAUUUGGGUUCAGUUGCAUAUAAAGUUAACAAUUUCUUGAAUGAUGAAGUUCUUGAAUUCUCUUCAACCAACCUUCGUUUCUGUUGCCUUGAACAGAAAAUGAGAGGAUGCAAAGAAUACAUGGACAGGAAUGGCAUGCUACAGCAAUCUUUAAUAUUAACUUUUCCCAAGUACCAUAAACACUAUAUUCUUCCAUCUAAAGCAGGGGAGACUAUAAAAUUGGUGCAAGAGAACUGCAUUUCAAAUCCUAAUGAUUUGCAACCAUCUCUUAAAGUUGAUCCAGGGGCAAAAAUGGAGAAACUACCGUCUGUUGUAAGAAAGGGGAUAGUUUCAUCUAAAGAUGCUCAAGUUGGUCCUGUGACGUUUGCAUUCGCCAAAACAUCUAAUAAUAAACAACUAGAAAGAAGAGCUUCUUCGCCACUUCGUUUUCCUCUCAAGCGUUCAGGAUCAGUCAACAGAUCUAUCUCUCCUAUGCCUAAUAGUUCUAAACAAUGGACCCCGGCAUCUGAACCACCAAGCUCAGCCUCAAUGCGUAAGCCUGCUGAAAGGGAUAAAACAAAAGAGAUUCAGUUAUAUUCAAAGAGAAGUAGAAACCUGUUCAGAGCAUUACUCAGCAUGCGUAAGGAGAAAUGAAAAGAACAGGUGCAAUUACAUUUCUGUUAUGCAAAUUUCUUGACAUGUAGCGAUUCCCAGGUUUCAUACCUGAUCCCUUAGGUGUAUACAUAUUUAUCAAUACACAACUGCCAUGAGGUGUGAAUGAGACACAUUUUAUAUAUCUCAAUAAGAGUAAUCAGU